GUGUACCCGUCGCCUCGUGGUCGCCCGAGCAGUGGUGCUCUAGUGGUCGUCAUCUGUGUUGGUUGGCGCCCGCCGUCUCGUGUCCGUCGCUCGAGCGCGUACGUCGUCGAGUGGUGCAGCCGUAGCGAGGAAGCCCCGCGCGUUGGACGUCACGUGAUCGCGGAUUCCAGUAUUACGUGUGUAACGAGGCCAUGGCGGACAAGGAGGAGACCGAGAAGACCAUCGCCGAGGACUUGGUUGUCACCAAGUAUAAAAUGGCCGGCGAGAUCGUGAACCGGGCACUGAAGCAAGUUCUAGACAAAUGUGUCGUCGGGACCUCCGUAAGGGAAAUAUGCGAGUUUGGCGACAAAACGCUCACGGAAGAAACUAGCAAGGUCUUCAAAAAGGAGAAGGAUCUUAAAAAGGGCAUCGCUUUUCCAACGUGCAUAUCAGUUAACAAUUGCAUUUGCCAUUUCUCUCCUAUCGCCAGUGAACCUGAUCUCAUUCUCAAAGAUGAAGACAUGGUUAAAGUUGAUCUUGGAGCACAUGUCGAUGGUUUCAUAGCUGUAGUAGCACACACCAUCAUCAUAGGAUCUUCAUCGGAGAAGAAAGUGACAGGCAGGAAAGCGGAUGUAGUUUUAGCUGCACACUACGCUUCUCAAGCUGCACUAAGGCUUUUAAAACCAGGUACAGAGACUUACACGAUAACUGGCACCGUAGAGAAGAUCUGUGACGCCUAUAAAUGUAAACCGAUCGAAGGUAUGCUAAGUCACCAGUUAAAACAGUUUAAGAUCGAUGGGGAGAAAACGAUAAUCCAGAAUCCGAACGAUGCGCAAAAGAAGGAGCAUGAAAAAUACACCCUCGAGACUCACGAGGUGUACGCAAUGGAUGUACUAGUUAGCACGGGCGAGGGAGUAGGAAGGGAACAGGACACCCGGGUCACGAUAUACAAGAAGACGGAGGAGACAUAUCAGUUGAAACUGAAGGCGUCUCGCAUGUUUUAUUCAGAAGUGUCCCAUAAGCAUGGUCUCAUGCCUUUCAAUCUACGUACCUUCGAAGACGAGAAGAAGGCAAAAAUGGCUGUUGUUGAAUGUGUAAAUCAUAGGUUGAUCGAGCCAUUCCAAGUGCUGUAUGAAAAACCAAACGAGUACGCGGCGCAAUUCAAAUUUACGGUACUCUUGAUGCCAAACGGACCUCAUAAAAUUACGGGAAUUCCCUUUGACCUCGAAUUGUAUCAAUCUGACUGUGUCGUGCAUGAUCCUGAGUUGAAGAACCUUUUAUAUUCUUCGGCAAAUCCGAAAUCGGCGAAGAAGAAGAAAAAGAAGGCCGAGAAAGCUGUGGGAGAUGUCGCCAUGGAAGUCGAUGCCAAGGCCUAACAUUGUCAUUUGAACACACACUAUGACUUACCGGCAUCGUGCACUACUCCGAUACUUUUUAUUUAAUGAUCUAAGAGAACCAAGGCUAGACACUUUCAAACAUUAGAUCACGUGAAAAAAAGUCGGUAUAACUAUACUGAUAUCUUCAUCCGGACAUUGCACAAAUUACAAAUGCUAUGCUUCGCAUCGCUGUGCCCCUGUCUGAUUUAACGGCAAUUGUCUGGCCAUGCAUCUCUAUACUUCGUUCAUUCAAGGAAAGUGUCGAGUUUUGCUGCUCUACCGAGAAAAUUAAACUGUAUCACACAUUACGCCACAACUUUAACAGCGCUUAAGUUUUUAUACCAGACUAUCUUUUAAUAGACUAUGGUAUUAUUACUAUUAUGCAGAUUGAUGAUUAAUUCAUAUGACUAUAUUACUUGCAAUUGUAUAUUGCGUUUCAAUCUUCGAACUAACAUUUCGUACAUAACAAAUCUUGUGUGAUUUUGUUUUCUGUGAAACAUUUAGAAUUGGCCGAGCUAAGAGAAGUGAAUCGUAUGGAUCCAAAAUAUAUUAAUUAUUUACAUACGUCCAUAACUGAAAUGGGAAAAUUACAUAAAGUACAUUUAUUCGAUUUAUGUACAAAUUAUUUUGAACAGCAUCAAAAAAUUUGAUGUUAUGGACAGGCGAGUUGUAUAUUAUUACUUUCGAAUGUUUCUGUAAAAUAUGAUUCUCUUUCAUGCUGGUUCUGCGCAAUUUUGUAUCCAGCUAUGAAAACUAUAUAUAACGUUCAACUUCAAAUUGUACAAUUGGAGGAAUGUCCGUUCUUGGACGCUGCAUAAACAAUGAAAUGCCAAUGA